UAUGAACAAUUCUUAAAUAAGAACAGAAUCUCCUUCUUUUUAAAAAAUGUAAGCACUUGCAGAUAGAUGGAACUAACUCAAAACAGGAAUUGAUAAGGGUAGAUUCGAAAAAAAAGAAAUUAUUGAGACAUCAAUUUUAAAAAUAGAUAAUUUAUUAAGUUAUGAUAAAAUGAAUGAUGAUGAAAAAUUCAAAGUAAAUUCUAUAUUUUUAUUAUAGACAAUUAAAGAAUAAUUAUUUAAAAUAACAGAAUAGAUUAAUAAUGAGAGAUUUGGAAAGGAACAUUAUUAACGAUAUUAAGAAUAAUUACAUAUUUUUGAAGAGUAGAUUAAUAAAUAAAUGGAUGAAGAAAAAAAUGUAUUUGAAUUGCAUGAAAUUAGAAUAAACGAAGAGUAGAAAUAUAAUUAUUAAAAUAAAUUGAAGAUAGAUUUGAAACAGUUUAAAGUAUGUUAGAGAAAAACAAUUCUAUUUAUUAUGAUAAAUUAAAUAGAUAAAUUGGAGAUAUUGCAAAUUAAUUAAGUAAUUUAAAAUUCACAAUUGAAAAUGAAUAAUAAAAUAGGUUAAUAUAUAUAUAAAUAUAUUUUAGAGCAGAAUCUUAGACACAUUUAAUUGAGUAAAUGGAUUAGGAACUUAAUAAAUUCUAAGAAAUGAUGACAAUUGAAAAAUCAGUUAGAGAAGAAACAGAAAAGAAAAUAUUUUCAAUGAUAGAAGAUGUGCAUUAAAAAAUAUAAAAUGAAAUUAUUAAUGAAAGAAUCUCUAAAGAAAGAUCAUAAGAAAGUAUCUUAAGAUUGUUAGAAUCAACCUGCUUAAAAAUUGAUGAAAGUUUUAAUUCUUGA